CAGACACAGAGAAGAGGCUUUAAACUUUAUUUUCCAUCAUGCCCCGAAAAAGUGACAUGGCGAAAAUGGAGGAUGUUGGGAUAGAGAUAGACGGGGACGUAAGUGACAGUGAUGAUGGUGCCGCUAAGAAGAAAAAGAAACAGGCAGCUGGUAAAGGAGGUGCAAAGGGCCGAGGUAAAGGCAAAAAAGCAGCCAGCGAUGAGGAGGAGGAGGAGGAAGAUGAAGACGAAGAUGAGGCCCCCAGGCCACGCAGGGGAGGAAACAGAAGGAGGCGGGCCAAGGCACGUAAUGGCGAUGAGGACGAGGAUAGUGAAAACGAUUCUCCGAAGAGGAAGCGGGGAGCAGCCGCGAGGAAGAAAGGAGGCAAGGAUCAGGACAGCGGGGAUGAGAAAGGAGGCAAGGGAAAGAAGCGUGGAGGGAAAGACGAGGAAGACAGCAAGGGCAAGAAAGGAGAUGCCAAGGGGAAGGACGCUGGGAAGGACAAGGGGAAGGACAGUGACAAGAAGAAGAAGAAGGGUGGCAGUUCGUCUGACUCCGGCUCCAACGCCGAGGAAGAAGAGUCCAUGUCAGAGGGAGAGAUGGCCGCGCUGAUGGAGGAGGUGGAGGAGAAGAAGAAACUGAUUGCCAACAUGAGGAACAAGCCAUGGAGGAUGAGACGGAAGCUCACACACCUGAAGGAGGCUCAACAAUUUGUGGAUAAGUUUGAAGGAGCUUUGGGCAAAGGAAAAGGCAGGAAGUGGUACGCCUACAAAGUGAUGAUGACCAAGAAAUGGAUCAAGUUCCAAAGGGAUUUUGAGAAUUUCAGAACGGCUUGCAUCCCCUGGGAGCGGAAGAUAAAAGAGGUGGAAAGUCACUUCGGUUCAUCUGUGGCAUCUUACUUUAUCUUUCUGCGCUGGAUGUACGGCAUGAACCUCGUCCUGUUUGGUUUCACCUUCGGCCUUGUGGUCAUCCCAGAGGUUCUUAUGGGCCUUCCUUACGGGUCCAUUCCGAGAAAGACUGUUCCCAGAGAUGAGCAGGACACCGCUCAGGACUACUCUGUCCUCAUGGACUUCAACGGAUACUGCAAAUAUUCGGUCCUUUUCUAUGGAUAUUACAACGACGAGAGGACUAUUGGCUUGCUGAAGUUCAGGCUGCCCUUGUCUUACCUCAUGGUGGGGAUCGGCACCUUCGGCUACAGCCUGAUGGUUGUGAUCCGCACAAUGGCUAAGAACGCAGAUGUUGGCGGUGGCGACGGAGAGGACGGGGAGUUCACCUUUUCCUGGAAAAUGUUCACGAGCUGGGAUUACCUCAUCGGCAACGCAGAGACCGCCGAUAACAAGUACGCCUCCAUCACCACCAGCUUCAAGGAGUCCAUCGUGGAUGAGCAGGAGAACCAGAAGGAUGAGAACAUCCACCUGAGGAGGUUUCUGAGGGUCCUGGCCAACGUCAUGAUCACCUGCAGCCUGGGUGGGAGCGGCUACCUCAUCUACUUUGUGGUGAAGAGGUCGCAGGAGUUCGCCACCAGGGACGACCUCAGCUGGUACGAGAAGAACGAGCUGGAGAUCAUUAUGUCCCUCCUGGGCCUGGUGUGUCCUCCUCUGUUUGAGACCAUCGCGGAGCUGGAGGACUACCAUCCUCGAAUCGCCCUGAAGUGGCAGCUGGGACGCAUCUUCGCCCUCUUCCUGGGAAACCUCUACACUUUUCUCUUUGCCCUGUUCGAUGAGGUCAACAGCAAGUUGGAAGAAGAGGAGUCCAUUAAAAAUGCCUCGUACGCCGCUGCGUUGCAGUAUGCUUAUAACUUCUCACUCACCACCAACGACUCCAGUGCCACGCCACCACCCAUGGACCCCCGAGAUGUCAUCAGGGGACCCUGCUGGGAGACCGCUGUCGGCAUCGAGUUUGUGAAGCUGACAGUGUCAGACAUCCAAGUCACGUACCUGACCAUCCUAAUCGGUGACUUUGCCAGGGCUCUCAUUGUUCGCUUCCUUAACUACUGCUGGUGCUGGGACCUGGAGGCCGGAUUUCCAUCAUAUGCAGAGUUUGAUAUCAGCGGCAAUGUCCUUGGCUUGGUCUUCAAUCAAGGAAUGAUCUGGAUGGGGGCAUUCUACGCCCCUGGGCUGGUGGGCAUAAACGUGCUUCGCCUCCUCACCUCCAUGUACUACCAGUGCUGGGCGGUGAUGUCCACCAACGUCCCCCAUGAAAGAGUCUUCAAGGCCUCCAAGUCCAACAACUUCUACAUGGGUCUGCUCCUGCUCAUCCUCUUCCUCAGUCUCUUACCUGUAGUCUACACCAUCAUGACUCUGCCCCCUUCCUUUGACUGUGGACCCUUCAGUGGGAAGCAAAAGAUGUUUGAUGUGAUCAUUGAAACUAUUGAUCUGGACCUGCCGGCCUUCAUGGGAACACUCUUCAGCUAUGCAGCCAACCCCGGCCUCAUCAUACCCGCUGUGCUACUCAUGGUGCUGGCCAUCUAUUAUCUGAAAUCGACAUCUGAGGCCUACAGUAACGCCAACUUGGAGCUGAAGAAGAAGAUGCAGAUGGCUCGAGAUGAGGAGAAGAACCGGAGGAACAACACAGACAGCACCAAUCAGGUCAUGAAGGAUCUGGAGGACCUGCUUCCCAACCGUUCCCUCAUUCCUCCUGCCCCACCGGAGCCGGAAAACAAACCAGAGCCGGAUGCAAAGCCAGCAAAGUCAAAGGGUGGAAAAGGUGUUAACCUGCAGAAAGAUGUAUCUCUGGCAUCGGCCAAUCCCAACGCAGGAGGACCGGUGAACCGGCCCCCAGGCCCGAGGGGACCUGGUGGUCCGGGUGCAGGACCGGGGCGAGGCCGCGAGAGGGGAGGGCCGCCUCCGAGAUAAUGGAGUGAGAAUGUGACAGAACAACCCUGCUGGCUGUGUUAAUCCCUGAGAAAACACCUUACUAUUUUACGACUGAUAUAUUAAUAUAUAUUAACAGGCACAUAAAGAAACAAACAGUGUAAAAAUGUUCUUUUUGGUGAGGUGUUACAAAUGUGGCGUUUCAGUCACAGGGGCGUUCAUCAGUCCUGAUGUCUCACCGGACAUGAAAUGAUAUCCUCCUUUACAUCAACAACAGCAUG